GCGGGCUGAUCAACCGUAUCAAGGAGAGGGGCUGGCAGACGGAGUGACCGACAUGUCCAACGAUAGUAUUCAUUGGGAGGCAAGAUACCUACCAGCAGGACCACCACGUUUGCUGGGAUGGAACGUACCUGCCGAAGAAUUAGUUCACAUACCGGAACAUUGGCUGGUCUAUCCCGAGCCGAACCCCUCCCUUCAUUAUUUAUUGGCCCUCCUGUACAUUCUUUUUACUUUCCUUGCUUUACUCGGAAAUGGCUUGGUGAUAUGGAUCUUUUGCGCUGCCAAGUCGUUGAGAACUCCUUCAAAUAUGUUCGUUGUGAAUUUGGCGAUCUGCGAUUUCUUUAUGAUGAUCAAGACGCCUAUCUUCAUAUACAAUUCCUUUAACACCGGUUUUGCUUUGGGAAAUUUGGGAUGUCAAAUAUUCGCUGUCAUCGGUUCUCUGAGUGGAAUUGGUGCUGCGAUAACUAAUGCAGCUAUAUCAUACGAUAGAUAUAGCACAAUAGCAAGACCGUUGGAUGGCAAGUUAUCACGCGGUCAAGUGAUUUUGUUUAUUGUGCUGAUCUGGACAUACACCAUACCUUGGGCUUUGAUGCCUGUUAUGGGAGUAUGGGGACGUUUCUCACCAGAGGGUUUCCUUACCAGCUGCAGUUUUGAUUAUCUGACUGAUACCAACGAAAUACGUUAUUUUGUUGCUACCAUAUUUACCUUCUCUUAUUGCAUUCCAAUGAUGCUUAUAAUCUAUUACUAUAGUCAGAUUGUCAGCCAUGUCGUAAAUCACGAAAAAGCGCUUCGAGAACAGGCAAAGAAAAUGAAUGUCGAUAGCUUACGGAGUAACGCGAACACAAGUUCACAAAGUGCUGAAAUUCGUAUAGCAAAGGCUGCUAUCACGAUUUGCUUCCUCUUUGUUCUCUCAUGGACUCCGUAUGGCGUGAUGGCAAUGAUCGGUGCAUUCGGUAAUAAAGCUUUACUAACACCAGGUGUUACGAUGAUACCUGCGUGUACAUGUAAAGCUGUUGCUUGUUUGGAUCCAUAUGUAUAUGCAAUAAGUCACCCGAAAUACAGAUUGGAACUGCAAAAACGACUACCGUGGUUAGAGUUGCAAGAAAAACCGAUAUCCGAUUCGACAAGCACCACGACUGAAACAGUUAAUGCACCACCGGCUGCGAGCUAAACUUUAAUUGCAAUUGCUGUUUUUCGAAAACGAAAAAUAGGAAUUUAUUUGGCUCUCGUUCGAUAUUUUGUUUCCACGUCGUUAAAAAUACGCGUUCCUUGUAUAGCGAAAAUAAUAAAGCAAAUUUCCUGGCAUAUAUAUUUCCAUAAUUUU